AUGAAGCAACUUGAUUUACUGUUUGUGUUCAGUGUGUGCUUUGGAAGCUGUACGAUAGCAACUGGUUGGCUUAUUCAUCAGGAUGAUUCAAGUUUAAAAGAUAGGGGCAGAUUUGCUUUAAGAAACCCCUUUUUACGUGGAAGAGCUCCAACUAUGUUUCCUCAGAGGACGGCAAAAAUUCGGUUUCUGUCAUCUUUGAACUCUAGACAGAAUACAAUGCUACCUUUGUAUAAGCGGAACAUCAGAGCACAAUUUACCAGGAAGCGGAUCAGCGUUUGUCCGUUUGCAACAGAAAAAGGUCGUUUCCCUUUGGGAGGUUGCUUAUAUUACUAUGUGAGGAAUCCAACAACAGAGUCAUCGACUUUGGUGGAAAAUGCAACCCAAAGUCCACUGGUAGCUGCACCACAGAUUUAUCCUAUUGGACUCCUAUCGGAUAGAGCAAAACCUAAAUCAAGCCCUUGGUGGCCAUCUUUGUUUUUGUUGGGAGGAUCUGUGGGGAAAUAG